CCUCCGCACACGACGGACCCUCCAGUCGUGCUGCGACCGUCAAACCGCGAGCCUCGCGAGUGUCAAUUUAUAAAAAAAAAAAUCACGAGUGAAAUAGUGCCACGAUUAAUACCUGACAUUUUGGUAAAACGACAAUAUUUAAAUAAAAAAAUUAUGCGUUAAUUGAGCCCCCGGAAAUAUUGAACUUUCCCGCCAUCCCCGGGGGGGAGGGACUAAUCGGUGAUAACGAGUCAUUAAGGUUUAUCGCAUAACAGGUGUAAUCGCGCCGCGAGUGAUAAUUGGACUGUUUUUUUUUUUCUUUAGAUUAAACAAUUGCCUCGAAAUCGUGGGAAGAGGGAAAAUCCUGUGGCAAUACGUGAGUGACUUUUUUAGUGAUUUGUUGAUCGAUUUAGAUGGCUAUUUUCAUAAUGAUAUCUUGAAGUGAGGGGUGAUUAUCGAGGAUGAGUGACAAAUGGACAGUGGUAGCGCGAGUUACGUAGUUUUUUUUAUCGAUAUAAUAAUCGAUUGUGAUUUUUGAGGGUGAAUAAUCGACGAGUGGGUGGAUAUUUUUUGGGGGUGUUUUCGAUAAAGAAUCACGUGUUUGGGGUAAACACGAUGGAGACCAAUGAUAAUUGGACGGGUCGUAAGACUCUUGAGGCUACGGUGCCGAAGAAAUUUCGCAAAGAGAUUAAUCGAGUUGAUGUAAGUGGAAUCAAUUGGGCAAUGCUUUUUUUGUGCAUUGGGAGUAUUGGUAUAUCCGGGAUACUCGCUUAUCGGGAGAUGCUGUUGGAGUCGAGGAUACAGAGUCUUGAGGCGAGAUGUGAUCAUCAGGAGACGUCGGAGGUUAUCAUUAAGAGGCUUCGGCGGGAAGUGCAGGAGGCAUUUCUUGGACAGAAAAUACCCUAUCCUGAGUCACCCAUGUUCAGGAUUAAGAGGGAUGCCGGUGAUUGCAACUGUCCACCUGGACCUCCCGGUGAGCCAGGACCUCCUGGGAAAAGAGGGAAAAAGGGAAAGAAGGGCGACCCUGGGGAGCCCGGUGCACAGGGUGUAGCGGGGACCGCGGGCAAGAAUGGUUUUCCGGGGCCAAUCGGAUUGGAUGGACCCAAGGGAGAUAAGGGUCUAGCCGGUGAGAAAGGACAGAAGGGGGAGCUUGGAAGUCCAGGCUUUGACGUCUUCUCGGCUGUAAAGGUCAAUGCACAGGGAUUGGGGUUAAAGAGAUCUGUGACAACACUACGCGGUGGAACCCUUGGCUACGCCGAAAUCGUCGCCCUGAAGGGCGAGCCAGGGGAACCAGGACCACCCGGACCCCCUGGACCACAAGGUAUUGAAGGAAUGGCAGGACAGGAUGGCAGGCAGGGAGUACCUGGAGAAGUUGGACCUGCCGGGGAGCAGGGGAUCGCUGGACCCGCUGGACCCUCUGGACCAGUUGGACCUCCAGGACUUCAAGGAAUCAAAGGUGCAACGGGACGAGUCGGUAUCCGAGGCUUUCCGGGACGACGCGGUGACAAGGGCGACAAGGGUGAGAGAGGCUUCACGACGUCACUGGAUGGAAAGCAAAUUCCUCUGGGGAGUUUCGAGGGACCACCGGGUCCCCCAGGACCUCCAGGACCUCAGGGAGAAAAGGGCGAUCUAGGUCCCACAGGUCCAACAGGACCAACUGGUGAAAAAGGCACACGGGGUAAACAUGGCAAGAGGGGUAUCAAUGGAGAUUGCCGUUGUACGAGAGCGGUAGGCCAACCCGGUGCCAAGGGUGAUCCGGGGGUGAGAGGCGCAGAGGGUCCACCAGGACCUAAAGGCGAUUCUGGGGCGCAAGGAUUACCAGGAGUCGAUGGAGUCAAUGGGGAGCAUGGGAUUCAGGGUCCACCAGGACAACCGGGCCUGUCAGGACCUAAAGGGGAGAAAGGAGAAUACGGAGACAUUGGACCCCCAGGGCUUAUGGGCCCCCCCGGUUUACCAGGACCUCCGGGAGCACCGGGUCUCAGGGGAGAAAAAGGAGAGAAGGGAGAAUCGAAGUACAAAAAGUUGAGGAGAAGACAGGGUGAUGGAACGUUUGAAGUCAAUGCUGGAGAAGUGAUAAUGGGACCACCUGGUCCACCAGGUCCACCUGGAUCCGCAGGAUUACAAGGACCACCCGGUAUUAAGGGUGACAGAGGACACGAUGGUGCCAAAGGCGAACCCGGUGAGAAAGGGAGCAAGGGAGAUCCAGGUCCAAUGGGACUGCCUGGACCAAUGGGCCUGAGAGGAGAGUCUGGUCGACCGGGUGACUCUGGUAAACCCGGUGCCUCGCAGGUUGGCCCAUGGUGAUCCGCUAACAACUAACACGGGGAUAGAUCUUCUCCACCACCACCAGGCCACCACCUUGAAAUGGGAUAACCGACAAUAACCCAUCUAACAAGUGCACGAUUAUUAGUCAACCAAAAGAAUUACAGCACUAAUAUUUAAAAAAAAAGAAAACAAAACAAGAGACCCAAGUACUUAAAAGCAGAAAGGGCCCUUGAUGACCCACCAGUAGAUCAAAAAUAAUUGGAUACUCGAUCAUCACAAACCGAUAAAUGAGAUAUUUAUGGACUUGUGACACAGAAGACAGUUAUCCCCCUCCCUGAAUAUUGUACCAUCGACAAACCCCUCUCAAAGAGAGAAUCAUAUUAUGUAAAAAAAUAAGCGUCACCCCGUGGACGCGUGCAUAUAAAUAUAUAUUUAUAUAUAUUUUGUCACUGGAUUAAGCCUCGGUAUCGUGCAGUUACCGGUGCACAAAAUCUUUUCCAAUUAAGAAGCUAUUGAGUACCGAUAAUUGAACGUAAUUCAUAUUUGCCAACAGACUUUCAUACCAAAAAUGAGUAAAAAAAAUUAACAAAAAAAGAGAAUUAAUAAUGAUAAAUGAUUCUAAGAGGCCCCCAUAUGAAAUGUGGGCCCUGCGGUGCUCUCAUUGUCAAAAAGCUGCCGAUAAAAUUUCAAUUAAACAACUACCAAAAGCUCACUUUCUAACUUUAUUCCUAAAUGUCUGUAUAUCUAUCUCUUCUUGUUCUACUUGUAUUCUAUGAAAAAAUACAUUAUUUCGAAAUGUUCGACGAUAACGUCAAGUUACGUGAUGUGAUCUGAUGGUCAAUGACACCGAUGUAUGUCAAAAAAAAAUAUGUAUAAUGUAUACCUCCAAUUUUCAAUUCUUUUGACUCCAUGAAAAUACAAACUAUAUGUCCUCUCUGAGAUAUAAGAGCGAGUGUAUCAUAUUAUAUUAUAAAGAAAAAGGUGAAAACGUAAAAAAAAAGUUGAUGUUAUUUCUGAACGAAUGAGGAUAUUUCAAGAAUUUCUCUUAUCUCUUUUCAAUUUUCGAAUCAAUUAAUAAAUUCCAUAAUAUUCUAGAAAAAUUGAAUAACAUUCGUGGAAUAUUAUUUAUUUUUUUGAAUAGUCAAUUUAUUCAAGGCAAUAAUGAUGAAUCUAUUUUAGUCUUGAUUUUAAAUUCAAUUGUAAUGAAUAGAGAGACAAAAAAUCAUGGAAUAUGCCCAUUUGUCCCAUUCGUGGUGAUGUCCACUGGUUAAUGAUUGAUGAUAAUAUUUUCAGUGUUGAUGAUUAGCCAGUGGGAAUUCAAUGGAUGAAAGGGAAUCCAACGACGAAUGUAACGAGUCAACGUCCAGGGAGAAAUAAAUAAUGCACCUUGUAAAUAAACCAUACGCAGCCUAGAGAAAAAAACACCUCGACAUUGCGGGGCUAUUUAGAUAGAUAUGAAAUGAAAUUUGUUUCGAAUCGAAUUGACUAGUAUAAAUUGAACGGAGUUGAAAGGACAUAUUCAAUGAAAUUGGUAGUACCUCCUGAGGACUGCUGACUCGAUGUUCGAGCGUUUGGAAAAUUGAGCGCAAUCAAGAAAACUAUUCAUCGAGAUCUCGUUUAUUUCUCCUUUCCUUAUUUUUUCCCCAGAUUUAUAGUUGAUUGAGGGAAAAAAAAAAUUAAUGAGAAGUAUAAAUAAUUAUACAUUGAUUGUAUAACAUCGUGUGCGAUGGAAAAGUGAGAGGGAAAAAAAAAAAAUAUGGCCUACGAUUCGCUUAUAUUGUCACUCAGUACUCAAGUUGUAAUUGCUAGUAAUUCGAUAUAAGAGACUCCAGUGAGAUUGUAUGUAAAAUUGAAAGUGAAAUCGCCCAGACUCGUAUGAAUUUUUAUUGUGGUAUGAGAGUUUUUCCUCAUUAUUUUUUUAUUUUCAUUUGAGAUACGGAAAUUCAUCGACAAACCAAUGCCUCAGCGAGACCUACUAUUUCCCCUCCAACAAUUGUUCAUUAUUUACAACUGUAAUUAUAAUUAUCAAUGGAUGAACAAAGACUUACGCUGGCGUACUCGAUGAGGCUAGAGUAAUUAAUCCACAAGUAUGCGCGAUUGCAAUUAUGUUAGUUGUACUUUUAUAUAUAGACUAGACUAAAAUCGUUUUAGCAUUAAGAUUUUUUGGCAGAAAAGAUAAAAACUAAUUAUUUGAGAUUAAAGACGAAUGAAGAUAAAACAACAACAACACAUUAAACACGCACACUCGACUACAAAUGCGUCACACACUCGAGAUUAAUGUACUCACAAUUGCGUUCUCCUGCUAAGUGCGGAGAAAAAAAAAAA